AUAGGAGGGACCACAUUAAACUCGUAUAGUGUGAAAUCAAUGAGGAAAAAAUCCACGUGGCAGAGAAUGAGGGUGAGGGGAGGCUGAGGAGGGGCAGUCGCAGAUGAAUUUCCGUGGUGUCGUUGGCUUGGAGCAGGUCCUUUUUGGCUCCUCCAGCCUGUACCCUCGAUAUUUUUCUUCCAUUAUUUAUUAUAUUAUUUUAUUUGUUAAAAUCAUUUGAUUUUUGUCCCAUUUUCUUCGUUCCUUCCUCCCCAAUUUCUCUCUCCCUUCCCUUCUCUCUCUACCUUUCUAUGGCUAUAUUAUUCCUCUGAUUAUGCUUCCCUGUUAGAUUCUUGUUCUUCUUUUCUUCGCUGUGCGAUUCUUCUAACCCUUUCUUCAGGUACAAUUUUAUUUUCCUUUUUCCCCAUUUAUUCGUUUCUAUGUUUCUUUCUUUGAUGGAUCGAUCCGUUUCGUUUCAUUGAUGCGAAUUUUGACGAGUGAACGGAGGAAAGAUCGACGAUCCUGUUGUUCCUCGGAUAGAUCUGCUACUUCUUUUUCGAAAUUAUCAAUUCUUGAGAAGAACACAGAUCUGAUCUGGAAAUGGCGGAAGAACACAGAUGCGAAGCUCCCGAAGGCCACCGCCUUUGCGCCAACAACUGCGGUUUUUUCGGAAGUCCAGCGACCCUAAACCUUUGCUCUAAAUGUUACAGAGACCUCCGUCUCAAAGAAGAACAAGCCUCCUCUGCCAAAUCCGCGGUGGAGAAAUCGCUUUCAGCCGCCUCCUCUUCCACAGCUCCUCUCUCCCCACCCGCUUUAACCUUACCGGAAGCGGCCAAUGAAAUCACUGUUCCGGCGGCUGUGACCGCCGCUGUACCGUCACCUUCGGCGACACAGCCGAACAGGUGCUCCACCUGUCGGAAAAGGGUGGGAUUGACCGGGUUCCGGUGCAGGUGUGGGAUCACGUUCUGUGGGGUCCACCGGUACCCGGAACAGCACGGGUGCACCUUUGACUUCAAGACGCUUGGCAAAGAGGCCAUCUCUAAGGCCAAUCCUGUUGUAAAAGCUGAGAAGUUGCACAAGAUAUGAUGUGGACCGUUUGAUCUGAUGACCUUUAAAAUCAAUGAGCGAUCAAAACGGUCCACAAUUUCAGCUUUCGACUGUAAUAUGUGAUAUAUAUUUCCUUUUUUUCUAUAUAAUUUUAUUUUUAUUUACGUCA